GUGGCGUAAUACGGAGAAGAAAGAAAAAAAAACCCUAAAUUACGAUCUGAUACAUAAAGUUUUCAUCACUUGGAUUGUAUCAGUUAAAUUGUUCAACAAAAAACUCAAGUAAUUAUCGGCUGUUCGCGAAAAUCGGGCGUUUCAGGUUUUGGGAUAACAAACUCAUGGCAAUUGCAACAAUGGCCACUGCAGCUGGUGCAUCUGUUCUUUUGUAUUAUACUUUAAACCGAAAAUUGCUAACGAAUAGAGAUUCUGAAGAUAAAGAUGGAAGAGGCGGUGAAUUGAAUAAUGCUCAUAUAGGAUUUGAUCGAAUUUCAAAUAGACUUAUUCAAGCACCCGCUAUAUGGAUGGAGAUUAUCUCAACUUUGUCGGAGACUCUUAGAUUUACUUACUCUGAAACAUUAGGGAAGUGGCCCAUUGGAGAUUUGGCAUUAAUUUCCUUCUCAAGAGGCAGGGCAAACAAUUUUUGGAAGGAUGAAAAUAGCUUUAUGCUAUGUAGUUCGCGACGUUGAUGUAAGGUUUUAUAAGGUCUUCGGUUGCGGGACGUCUACGACAAGAAUCGAUACAUGGAUCUCAACUGCGACGUCAUCAUGUAAAUAUUAUGUUCAAGAAGAAUAAAUUCUCAGUUCAUCGUAGCUUCAGCAAACUGAGGAAGAAGAAGAAGACGAAGGAGCUCGAGAUUAACUGUGUUGAAUUAUGAUCAUGUCAAAUGAUACAGUAGAUGCUUGUCAAGUUGCGUUAAUCAUUAUCUUCAUCGUGAUUACAGGUUUGAUUAAUAAUGCUUACGGAGAUUCUCUGGAGACGGACAGAGAAGUAUUGCUUAGUCUGAAGAAUUAUCUCGAGAAAACGAAUCUCGUUAACCGUGGAAAAUACUCCAAAUGGAAUUCAUCUUCUUCUCCAUGUUCAUGGCGGGGAAUCACCUGUGACAGUUCGAGUAAUCGUGUAACAGGAAUUGAUCUAUCCAGCGACGCCAUCACCGGUGAUAUGUUCGGAAACUUCUCCGCACUAACGUCACUCACUGUUCUUGAUCUCUCCGAUAACAGCAUCAAUGGACAUGUAACCGGGGAUCUGAGUAAGUGUUUCAAUUUAAGAACUCUAAAUUUAUCGAGGAAUACAAUUAGAGGAGAGCUUAUCUUAACUAGUGGACUUAGUAGUUUGGAGAUUAUUGAUUUAUCUACGAAUCAAAUCAGUGGUGGAAUUCAUUUGAGUUUCCCAGCGAUUUGUAGAAGUCUAGUGGUGGCUAAUUUGUCUGAGAAUAACUUCACCGGGUCUAUUGAAGGUCUGUUUGAUGAUUGUCCAUAUUUACAGUAUCUAGACCUGAGUACAAACAAAUUAACAGGGAAUAUUUGGAAUGGUUUCAUAAGGUUGAAAGAAUUCUCCAUUUCUGAGAAUUUAAUACAGGGUUCAUUAGCUUCAAUCUUCUCAUCAAAUUGCAGCUUGACGAAGAUAGAUCUAUUACAGAAUUUGUUUGCAGGACAAAUACCUAAAGAAAUUUCUUACUGUAAAGAUUUAGAGAUCUUGAAUCUAUGGGGGAACAAUUUCACAGGCAAUAUUCCAUCUGAAAUAGGUUCACUUGCAAGAUUGAAAGCGCUUAUCUUAGGAAACAACGGUUUCUCGAGUAACAUAUCGGAUUCAUUGCUUAAUCUGAAGAACUUGAAGUUUCUUGACAUGAGUAAUAACAAAUUUGUAGGAGAAAUACAGAGCAUUUUCGGUCAGUUAACACAGGUUAAGUUUCUCGUUCUCCGUUCUAAUUUCUACACCGGCGGACUUAUUUCAUCUGGGAUUCUUAAUCUGACUAACCUAAUCAGAUUAGAUCUCAGCUUCAAUAACUUCACCGGUUCAUUGCCGGUUGAGGUUUCUCAGAUGAACAGUUUGCUAUUCCUGAUUCUCGCGAAUAAUCAAUUCACUGGUAACAUUCCGAAAGAGUAUGGAAACAUGGUAAGCCUUCAAGCGCUUGAUCUUUCGUUUAACGAGCUAAAUGGGUCUAUCCCGUCUAGUUUUGGAAACUUAACUUCACUCUUAUGGCUUAUGCUUGCGAAUAAUAAUCUUUCUGGGUCUAUUCCGCCUGAGAUCGGGAAAUGUAACAGUUUGUUGUGGUUGAAUCUUGCGAACAAUCAUCUAUCUGGGUCAAUUCCAUCUGAGUUGACAGCAAUCGGAAGUGACGCAUCCGCGACGUUUCUUAAAAACCGUCGUACUGACUUGUUUAUCAUUGGCUCAGGGGAUUGUCGAGCGAUGAAGAGAUGGAUUCCGGGUGAUUAUCCUCCGUUUAGUUUCGUUUACACUCUUCUGAAUGCGAAGAAAUGUAGAAGUCUUUGGUAUAAUGUGAUUAAUGGGUAUGGAUUGAUUCCGGUUUGCGGUCAUGGAACGGACGUACGUAGCAUGGACAUCCCGGGUUACGUUCAGAUUAGUGGGAAUAAGCUGUCGGGUCCUUUGCCGAGUCAGAUUGGUCUUAUGAAGAACUUCAGCAUGUUGCAUUUAGGGUUCAACCAAAUCUCCGGGGAGUUGCCACCGCAAGUUGGUCAAUUGUUGCUAUUUUCCCUCAAUAUCACUCAAAACAACUUUACCGGAGCGAUUCCGAUCGAAAUCGGAAGCGCAAAGUGUUUGCAGAAUCUCGAUCUUUCUUACAAUAAUUUCUCCGGUCAAUUUACGGCUUCGUUGAACAAGCUGACUGAACUGAGCAAGUUUAACAUCUCGUACAAUCACUACAUUUCCGGCGUAAUCCCACAAACCGGGCAAUUGGCGACUUUCGAAAAAGACUCAUUCUUGGGCGACCCUUUCUUGACCCUUCCUUUGUUCAUCGACAAUUCAACUACUAGCGUCAAUGGAACCGUACAACACCGCCAUUUGAGAAAACAGAGGCGACUGAAGAAGUUUGGUGUAUUUUUCGUGCCAUUCUUUUUGGUAUUCGCAAUCUUGUUGUGUGGAAUCAUAUCGUUUAUAUAUUGCGUCAUCUUGAAACUUCCAGCCAAAUCUAACCAACGGCAAGAGGGCUCCGGGUCGACAUCAAAUACGUCUUCCGAAAAGGUUAAUGUCAUUCGUCUCGACAAAACUUUGUUCACACAUUCCGACAUCUUGACAGCUACUUGUAACUUCUCCGAGAAGAGAGUUAUCGGCAGAGGAGGAUACGGGACGGUUUACCAUGGCGUGUUGCCCGACGGGCGAGAAGUGGCGGUCAAGAAGCUUCAACGAGAAGGACCCGAAGGCGAGCGAGAAUUCAAAGCCGAAAUGGAAGUUUUGAGUGGAAACAGGUUCGGGUGGGCCAACCAAAACCUCGUGACGCUAUACGGGUGGUGUCUAAACGGAUCCGAGAAAUUGUUGGUUUACGAGUACUUAGAAGGCGGAAGUUUAGACGACUUGAUCUCGGAUAGACUAAGCCUGACUUGGUCACGACGGAUCGACAUAGCCAUAGACGUGGCUCAGGCGCUAGUCUUCCUACACCACGAGUGCGUUCCUUCUAUAGUCCAUAGAGAUGUGAAGGCAAGCAAUGUCAUACUCGAUAGCGAUGGGACAGGUAGGGUAACCGAUUUCGGCCUUGCCCGUGUUGUCGAGGACGGGGUUAGCCAUGUCAGCACGAUGGUGGCGGGUACAAUAGGGUAUGUUGCACCGGAAUAUUGUCAAACGUGGAAGGCCACUACGAAAGGUGAUGUGUAUAGCUAUGGAGUUUUGGCUCUCGAGCUGGCCACAGGGAGGCGAGCUGUGGUGGAAGGAGAUGAGUGCUUGGUUGAUUGGGCUAGGAGAGUGAUGGGAAGAGGGGAUGCUAGUAAUGUUCCGAUGGCGGCUAUGGUUUCGGGGCUAGUUGAGGGCUCAGAGGAGCUUGGCGAGCUAAUUAAAAUCGGGGUUAAGUGUAUUGAGGAGGCGCCACAAGCAAGGCCAAACAUGAAGGAGGUUCUUGCUAUGUUGGUUCAAGUAUAAAUAUUAGGUACGGUGAUGCCUCUAAUUCGUUAUUGAGUUAAUCACCGAGCUAAAUGGUGCCUCUAUUUCGUUAUUGAGUUGAAUCAGCGAACUUAUUGAGUUUAAUUACCGAACUAAAUGAGUUUCUCGAGUGAGCGGACGAGAUGCUUAUUCUCCCAUGUCAAUAGUUAUAGGCUCAUACAAAUAGUUCAUUUGUUCUAUUGUAAAUCUAUUCAAUAUUUUACAAUUUC